UGUUCCUAAAAACUAGUUCCGGGUAUCAACAUUCUGGUGGCUAACAUUAGCUGGAACCGCAGUCUCCACUCGACAUUCUUCUUCAGAGUGGGUUAACAGACCUCCAGAACAGAAUGGAUGGCGAAGAGAGAACCUACGGUGGCUGCGAAGGGCCAGAUGCCAUGUACGUGAAGUUGAUCUCUUCAGAUGGCCAUGAAUUUAUUGUGAAAAGAGAACACGCCUUGACAUCUGGGACUAUCAAAGCCAUGUUAAGCGGGCCAGGUCAGUUUGCUGAGAAUGAAACCAACGAAGUGAACUUCAGAGAGAUUCCCUCUCACGUCCUGUCCAAGGUCUGCAUGUACUUCACCUACAAGGUCCGUUACACCAACAGCUCCACAGAAAUACCGGAAUUCCCCAUCGCUCCGGAGAUCGCACUGGAACUGCUCAUGGCUGCAAACUUCUUGGAUUGCUAAAUUACAGAGAUAAUGUAGCCACUUAAAACAUUUUAGAUUUAUUUUUCUUGAAUAUUUAAAUUGUUUUUCCAUAAACAUGAAAGAGUAUGUCACUUUGAGGAUUUUUUUUUCUUUUGCACUUCGCUUUUUGUCAUUAUUUUAGUGGUAUUAAAGACUUCAUUUUAAUGUAAUCAAUGGAUAUGGCAAGCUUCAUCACUUGCCCCAGAAUGUGAUAAACAUAAACAUAAAUCUUUCCUCACCUCUCCAGCCUAAUAAAGACCUGUUUGGUGAGCAAUUUGUUGCCAUUUAUUACCUUGUUCUAUAAGAAGUGCAUCUGGCUUUAAAUAACUCUAAAUGCAUUAUAUACUAGGGCUGCAUACAUUGCUGUCUUAUCACUAAGGUAAUAUGAGCAUUUGCUAUGAACAUGUUGCAAAACUCUUAAUUUAUUGUAAGAAAUAAUGAUUUCAUGUAGAGGCGUAACAGUGUUUCACUCUGCAUGCAAGUAUCUACCUGUUGAACGGAGGCCUGUGAGUUACAGCCAUGCCCUUAUAUAGAGUUCAGUCUGAUGAAGCUAGUGCCAGCUUUCAGCUACCCUUGGGUUAAUUUGUGCCAAUUUAGUGGUGGAAGAAAUUCUUUCUGGAUUUGUUUCAGAUUCAGCAUAAAAACAUGUUGCAAAUAUAUCAAUAAUUGUAUGUCAAUACGUGUUCUCCAAUAAUAGGUUAUCAUAUUUCAUAUGACAAAAUUGAACAAUAUUAUUUCACAAUACUUUUUUUCACAUGUUGUACAGUCUCAAGAAAAUAUUCAAGUCAAGACAAAGAAGUUUUGAUUCAGAAGUGAUUUGCCCAUAUUAAAGGGGGACAUAUCAGAAAAUCCACUUUAAUAGUGUUUUUGAGCAUGUACUUGGGUAACCUGAGUGUCUACCGACCCACAAAAUGUGAAAUAAAUUCAUCCAGUCCUU